UCGCGUACGUGACGGUCUAGUCACCGAGAGCCAGCUUCCUCUUUCAAAAUCUCACCGGUUCGUGUCGUGUAGCUGGCUACCCUACAUCAUGUUCAGCGCCGCCGUCCGACUCUCUGUCUCCGGUGUCCGGAGUUUAACCCGUACGCAACCGGGAUGUAAAGCUUUAUUGGCCUCAAGGUGUUACUCUCAUGGGAAGCAGGAGACCGAUGAGGAGUUUGAUGCCCGCUGGGUCACCUAUUUCAACAAGCAAGACAUUGACGCAUGGGAGCUGAGAAAAGGGUGGAACACAUUGAUUGGUUACGAUCUCGUACCCGAGCCAAAGAUUCUCGAGGCAGCACUUAGAGCCUGUCGGAGGUUAGAUGACCUGGCCAGCGCUGUUCGAAUUUUGGAAGCUGUGAAGGACAAAGCCGGCCCACAUAAAGACAUCUAUCCAUAUCUGAUCCAAGAGCUUAAGCCAACGUUGGAAGAGCUCAGCAUCCCUACACCCGAAGAGCUGGGCAUUGACAAAGUAUAGAUGAGAAGACCAAAUGGCGGUGAAUAUCCCCAGGACACGGAACCCUUUUACUCAACUGUUUGCCUCAUAAAAUGCGUGUGAUAUUUAAUUUGGCCUUUAUUAGGUUCUUUUGCUUGUAAAAUAUUGAUGAACAUGAUAAAGGGAAGAAUCUUUAUUGAGUGUCGCAAGUAUUUUGGGAUAUUUAAAUGGUUUGAAUCCUUUAUUGAAGCAAUACAACCAAUUCAUUUUAAGUUGCUAAAAUGGAAAGCGUCACUUGUUUGGUUCUUGUCUUGCCGACUGUGUGUCUGAAUAUUCUUGAGGAUCAGAUUCUGCCACCAGGGAGCAGCGUUUUCACUUGAAUGUACAAAUCAUUCGACUGUAUUCAAUUACAUCUGUUUUCAUUUCAGGGAGAAUUUACAUGCUUGUAAAAUGAAUGUGUUCAAAUAAUAUUCAACACAUAAAUGGACUGUUGCCACAAGA